AUGGCCCCCCCCCCAAAAAUGCUGCAAAAUAUUUUUUUAAAACUGCGUGAAGAGCCUAUGGCUGUGAUGGUUAACCUCUGGCACUCCAGCUGUGGUAAAACUACAACUCCCAAGAUGCUCACUUGCUUCACUGUUCUCAGAACUCCAUAGAAAUGAAUGGAGCAUGCUGGGAGUCGUAGUUUCAGCUGGAGCUAGCCAUCACACGGCCCUGUGGUGUUCUGUUCUUACAAGUCAUAUUAUCAGAACUGAGCUAUUCAUGAGAGGACCACCACCUUUCUUGAACGUAACAAGUGUGGUGUCUUUUCUCAAUAAAGCUUACUCAAUUCAAAACAACAGUGACCCCUGGGAAAUGUAGUUCGGCCUAUAGCAAAGGCCGACGCUCUGCGCGGCAGUUUUGACUACAGCUCCCGGCGUGCACCGCGCGAGUCUCAUGUUCCGUGUUUCUGGCAGCCGGACAAGCGGCUGUGCUGUGAGAGUUUAGUUUGCUGCUGUUAGUUUGAAGUUUUACAGAUUUUCGGGGUGGUCGGCCGUGUCCAGGGGCCGGGAUGGAGUCCGACCCUCUGCUGGUUUCUGUGGAGAAGAGCUGGUGUGCAGACCCGGACUUCAGCUCCCAGGAGAGGCUCCAGAACCCCAGGACCGACUCGUACUCCUCCACCGCAUCCUCAGGAGCUGCGGUCCUGCUGCAAGGAGAAGCAAGAUCUGAAGUACCCAAUGGGGUGGCGGAUGAAGACCUCUACGUCAACCAGGCUGUGGUGUUCAUUGAAGACGCCAUCCAGUAUCGCUCCAUAGACCAUCGCGUCGACCAGAACUCCCUGCAGUUGUAUCGAUGGUAUUAUUCCGACUUGUGCCAGAGGAUUUUAAAUGUGACGAUCUGUGUGAAUCUGGCGUUGGCCUUUGUAGAGAGUCCGUCUUCGCUGACGCUCACAUCGGAUGUCCGUUACCGCAAGGCUGCCUGGGAGCCGCCGUGUGGCCUGACUGAGAGCAUCGAGUUUAUCACUUUCCUGCUAUUUGUUGCUGACCUCUCUGUGAAGAGUUAUUUAAUUGGGUGGAAUGAGUUCAUGAAGAACAAAUGGCUGCUCUGCUACAUCGUGACUCUUUCGGUUUCCAUUGCGGAUUGGACGGUGUCUUUGUGCUUCAUGUGCAGAGAGUGGGUGAGAAUCCGGAGGCUCCUGCGACCGUUCUUCCUUCUCCAAAACUCUUCUCUUAUGAAGAAGACUCUCAAAUGCAUCAAGAGAACAUUACCGGAGAUGGGCAGUGUGAUGCUGCUCCUGGCUUUGCACCUCUGCCUCUUCACCAUGUUCGGUAUGCUGCUGUUUGCUCAUGCAAAGGAUUCGAAGGUGGACGUUGAGUGGUUGAGAUACUUUCGCAAUCUGCCGGACUCCCUGACCUCCCUCCUGGUGCUGCUGACCACCGCCAACAACCCCGAUGUGAUGAUUCCGGCGUAUUCCUUCAACCGGGCGUACUCCCUCUUCUUCAUCAUAUUCACAGUCAUAGGAAGUCUGAUAUUGAUGAACUUGCUGACGGCCAUUAUAUACAAUCAGUUCCGUGGCUACUUAAUGAAAUCGGUACAGACGUCUCUGAUAAGAAGAAGACUGGGAAUUCGAGCAGCGUUUGAAGUUCUCGCCUUCUACAGGGAAGUCACAUCCCCCACUCGUGACCGGGCGGCUUGUGUAGACUGUGAAACGUUCAUUAAAGUCUUGCAGAAAGUCAAACUGGAAGCCUACUGCAAGAUGGCCAUCAUAGAGCAAGCGAAAAGCUGCACUAGCGGCGCCAUCUCUGCUGAGCGCUUUCAGAAGCUGUUUGAUGAGCUGGAUAAAGAUCCAGUCCGACAGCACCCGCCCCAACCCAUGUACCAGUCCAGGUGCCUUCAGGUUUUGCAAGUCAUUGGCAGCCAUCGAUACUUUGACUUCCUUGGGAACGUGGUUGCUCUGGCCAAUCUCCUGUCUAUCUGUAUUGUUUUGAUGGUUGAUGCAGAGAAACCUGGGAGCGACAGAGAUGAUUUUUCCUUAGGUGCCAUAAACUGCUUCUUCAUCCUCUACUAUGUCCUGGAAAUGGCUCUGAAGGUUUUCUCCCUGGGGAUUAAGAACUAUGUCUCUUACCCAAGCAACAUUUUUGAUGGAGUACUCACAAUCAUUCUACUGGUUUUGGAAAUUGCUACCUUUGUGAUAUACAAGUUCCCACAUCCCGGCUGGAAGCCGGACAUGCAGGGGCUGCUGUCUCUCUGGGAAAUGGUCCGUCUUGUCAACAUGUUUAUAGUCUUCAGAUUUCUGAGAAUCAUCCCAAAUAUGAAGGUGAUGGCGCUCGUGGCGGGCACGGUGCUGGACUUAGUAAAGAAUUUACGGGCAUUUGCUGGCAUCCUGGUGGUUGUAUACUACGUAUUCGCUAUCAUCGGUAUCGACCUGUUUAAAGGUGUCAUCCCUAAUCCUAGAAAUGCAAGUUUAUCGGCGAACGAGACGUUACCGUGUGGAUCCUUCGAGCAGCUGGAGUACUGGCCCAACAACUUUGACGACUUUGCAGCGGCCCUGGUUACCUUGUGGGACGUGAUGGUGGUGAAUAACUGGCAGGUGUUCCUGGAUGCUUACUCCCGAUACUCGAGCCCAUGGUCAAAGCUGUACUUUGUGGCCUGGUGGCUGGUCUCCUCAGUGAUCUGGGUGAACUUAUUUGUAGCUCUGAUUCUUGAGAACUUUAUCCACAAAUGGGAGCGCAGUUACCGACACGCGGCGGCAAUGACUCCGUCUCAGGAAGUAGAAUAUCACAUGACCGUUCAGCUUAUGUUCAGAGAAGACUUGGAGGAACCGACAGACGAGGAGCUAUUGGACCGCUUGCAUCAUCACCCUCAUCUCCAUCUCUCCAGGUGACCUUCGCUUCGCACAGGUCACUUAAAAUACUGGACAUUCGGGAAAAAACCACUCAAAGCUGCCAAACCAAACCUGCUGCUUGUUACAUACCAGAGACCCCGCUUUACGAUUACCUAGGGCAGACCACCCCGAGACGUCUUCUGACUGUCCUCGGCACAGGACACAUUUCUAUUCUGCUGCCGUGAGGCUUUGAUUUUACUCCUCUCGAUUGUUCAAAGUGCUCUCCAUCCCCAGUGAUCGCUUUUAGUUUACAUGUUUGUCACUUUAAAGGCAUUGGUAACGCAUGGCUGCUUUCCUUCAGAAACAGCGCCACACCUGUCCACAGGAUACAUGGGGGUAUUGCAGCUUAGCCCCAUUCAUUGCAAUGGACUGAACUGCAAUACCAAAUUUAAAGGGAUAUUCCCAUCUGGUAUACAUAUCCAAUAGGAAUUGCCUUAAAUUGUCCGGUUGGUGCGGGCCCUACUUCUGGGACCUGCUCCUGUCUCAAAAACAGGGCCCUGAUGUGAAUAGAAGGCAUGCCUCACACUGCCUUCACUGCUAUGGGACUAUCGCAUUUUCACGAGCGCACUCACUUGGCUAUUUUCGAACAGGAGAAGAGGCCAUGUGCGUGCGACGUGGACCCUUUCUAGAGAUAGAAGCUAGUGGUCCCAGAGGUGGGACUAGCACUUAUUGGGCAUUUAUGGCAUAUCUUAGCAGUAAAUGCCCAGGUGGGGGAUACCCCUUUAACUCAUGGUGCUGUUUUUGGAAGUAAGCUGCAGUUUUUUUGUUUUGUUUUUUAAAUCCUGGACAGCCCCUUUAAUCCAUAUUUUUUUUUUUGGUUUCCUUAUUUCUAAAUCCUGGGAUACAUUACUCCCAGAACACAUUGUUAAAAAGCUGCUCGUAGAAAUUACGCUUUACCUGCCAGUUUCUAUUGGAUCUGCCAAUAAUGGCUGCUGUAGUAGAGAUUUUUCCUACCUAAUCCAAUUUUUCUUUUAGAGAUCAGCGGCAUUGAAUGUAUCCGGCAGCUGCUGCUCUCCAGCUUUACUCAUGGUAAAGGAACUCUAAACUGAUCCUGUGUUAUGCCUAGUGCAAGGGGGCGGAGCAUGACAUAGGAUUCUGGCCUUUAGUGUUAUUUGAAUCACUGUGUCAUGCUCCGCCCCCUCAGGCCCAUUAAAUGGACCAGUGCAGGUUUUAAGCCUAGGCCAUUUAGCAAGACCGGCACGAUUUCCAUCCCCAUUUUGGAGUAAAGCACCACUUUAACGGAGCCGAGCCGCUAUACCGAAGCAGCCGCCACGUUUUUCGUAAUCCCGUACAACCCCUUUAAUAAUGGAAAUAUAUUUUUGUCCUUUUUCUGAUGUAGUUUUAUGCACCAGAUUAGGUCCAGCCUGAAUCUGCUGUUCACAGGGUUCCUUUUUUGUGUGAAGAUUGUGUUUUUUAGAUUGGCUGGGGCUACGCGGCGAUCUUGGGCAAGACAAGUGUUGCGCGACUAGGGAUCUCCAUUCAUCCAUAGAAAUGAAUGGGGUGACAGUGCGGCUGGCACGUUUUCUGCGACCGCAUCCCUCGUAUUGCAAAAAAAUCUACUACUGCUGCAUUUUAUGCGAUUCUAGCAUCCUGGUCGCAGCAGCCUGCAAGUCGCACUGAGACUCCAUUCAUUGCUAUGGCUGCAAUGAGAUCUUACACGUGUCUCGCGCAAGAUCGCCGUGUAGGCCCAGCCUUAUCGGUGUUUAGAGGGAGGGUUCAUAUAACCCAGCACUAGGCAUGCACUCUUUUCCCAGUGCGAAAUUUAGUUUCCAAAUGUUGUUGUCAGCGGAAGAGGUUCUGUUUUUUACAUUUAUCUUUGCAAAAAUCUGAUUACUAUGGCAGAAAGAAACUGCGAAAUGUUGUAAAUUGAUCCCUCCGAAGGCCUGCUCGUCAUAUCUCGGUGCACGUUGGAUCUUCAGUGGGGUGUACUGUACUGGAAAAGCAUGGCUACCUCAAACACAGCACCACACCUGUCCAAAGGUCGUGUGUGGUAUUGCAGCUCAGCCCCAUUAAAGGGGUAUUCUGGUUUCACUGUAUCCUCAGGAUAGGUCCUCACUUUCAGGCCUCAUGCACGCGAACUUGUUCCCGGCCAGGCCCGUGCUGCGGACUGCAAUUUGCGGUCCGCAACACACAGGCACUGACCGUAGGGCCACCGCAUGCGGAUGCAGGACUCAUUCAAUUGAAUGGGGUCCGCAAUCCGCACCGCAAAAAAGUAGAACAUGUGUGGGGUUCCGUGCCUCCGUUCCACACCGACUUUCCAGAUUGCAGACCCAUUCAAGUGCACGUGGCCGGUGCCCGUGUAUUGCGGACCCGCUGUUUGUGGGCCACUGCCGGGCAAUGGCUGUGUGCAUGAGGCCUCAGAUUGGUGGCGGUCCGACUGCUGGCACCUCUGAGCUGCAGUACUAGUCACAACUCAUGGACAGAUGUGGCGCUCUCCUUAAUUGACCUGAGUAGCCUGAAACGGACUGGAUGCCACACAGCAGACAUGGGUAAGCUUAGACUGAAAGGUUGCUAGGGGAAUGCAGCCUGACAACCCAAUAUAAAGGGUUGUCAGACAGUCUUUUCAUAGCAACCAUGUGAAAGGAGGAGAAGUAGCUUGGCAGCAGGCAAGUCUCCAUCUCGGCCUGCAUUAGUAAUCAGAUUUUUCUAAAGGAAUAAAAUAAUUAAAGGUAGGGAGGUUCUUUAAAGGAACAUUUAGGGGUGAAACACAUACUGUGGACUAUGACUAGUGCAGGGCUUGAAAGGGAGGUGCCCAUAAGAACCCCAAAGAACAAAUCCCUGUGUCAUGCUCCGCCCACUGAGGCCCUGCACUUAGUAUAACACAAUUUUUUCUUGAAGCAACUUUUUUUU